AUGCCUCUUUAUGAAAUUUAUCUUCUGACGCUGGCCAGCUUUUCACAUGCUUCCUCUCCUAGCGACACACUGCGCACCAUUCCCUUCAACCAGUAUGACGCAAAAGCCUGUAUCCGGCGUCAGAGCUUGUUGGGCCGAUAUCGACUGGACCCGAACACUGGAGCCCCAUUGAACCCGAUGGGCCGGACCGGACUUCUCGGGAAAGGCUUGCUUCCUCGUUGGGGCCCGAAUCAUGUUAUCGUGAUUGUAGUGACUCGGUGGAUGCGAGACCCCAAGAAUGGAAGUCCUAUCCAGCGAACGAAUCGAAAUGUGCUACAGUUCGUGGCGCUGGAGCGCAGCAAACGAUAUUGUAUCCCUUGGACUUAUGCUCUGUCAUCGGACUUUCUACGGGCCUGUCAAUGGCGUGAUCUAAGUUGGUACAAUCGGGUCCUCUUUAUCAAUGUUGCCAGGGUGACGAGGCCUAAGUUCGCUGAUGAGGCCUUGGGUUACAGGAUAUUCAUAUGGGUCAACGGACUCACUUCCACUCUAAUCUUGCCUGAGAUGAUAUGUCAGAGAUUGAAGUUCAGUCGAAAAGUCAGGUUCCGUUGUACUGCAACGGUUGGGCCUAAAUACGACGUUCAUGUUGAUGCAAUCCACGAGAAAUCCUCCAACGUUUCGGGCGAAGACAGGCUGACCUUUCGUUCGCCGUGUCGCAAGCAUCGUCAGAGUUGGGACUCAUACUUGCAAAAGACUCUGAUCAAAACUAGGUCGUAA